AUUGGAAUGUUUUUUCUUGUCUUUUUUCUUGUCUUGGUGUGUAACUUCCUUAUUGUUCGAGCGUUACUUUCUCAAAGUCCUGCUCAGUCAGAAAUCAGCAUGUCUGCAACACUUAAUUCUAUGAAGUCCACCAGGAGCAUGUCCUCCUCAACUAAAAGGCCCAGGGGGGUGAAACGGAGGGCUGUGCAGAUGUUGUUGGCAGUGGUGGGAGUGUUUGUUCUGUGUUUCCUUCCCCACCAUAUAAUACAAGGCCCAUGGACACUGGCUGUGUUGCAGAUCAAAGAGGGCUGGGGCCAUGUAAAGUGGGACCAGAAGACGGAUCAGAUGCUCAACGACGCACAUCAGAUCACCUUGGCUCUUAUGGGCCUCAACUGCAUUUUGGAUCCUGUUGUUUAUUUUUUUGCCACAAGGAAGUUUAGAAGGUUCAUCAUGGCCCACAUUAAAAAGUUAGGAAAGAAA